AUGGCGUCCCAAAACCCAGGCGACGGCGGCGACGAGCAAUCGCCACCGCCGGCUCCUCCGUUUCCGGCGCGCCCCACCUACCUAUCCUUCAGCCACGACGCUUCUUGCUUGAUCGCCGCCGACGAAGCCUCCGUCCAAUGGCGCUGCUGCGAGACCUUCAAGCUGCGCGGGCUCUACGAGGAGAGCGGGGCCACCGCCGCCGCCGGUGACAUGCGCGACCGGAAUCAGUCGACGUGCGCCGUCGUCCGCCGCGCCGGCGCGGGGUUUGAGGUCAGGCGUUUCAGGCCGGGCUCCCUCAACUACAGCUCGCGCUACGACAGCGUGCGGAUCGGCGGCGGCGACGACGACGACGACGUGCGGUCGGUGCACGUCCACGGCGACCGGACCGUCGUCGUGCACGCCGGCCGCGUGGACGUGUUCGGCCUCGACGACGGGAGGAGGAAGGCGGCGGUGCUGCAGCGGCGGGUGGAGACCGGGGACAACCGGGCCGGCGCCUGCGCCGUGUCGAGGGGGCCGCCCGGCUCGCCGUUCGCGUUCGCGUGCCCCGGCGUGAACGACGGCAACCUGCGCGUCGAGCGGUGGGUCGGGGGGUUCACGCCGCUGGUCAUCGGCGCGCACCGCUGGCGUGUCGCGAGCGUCGCCAUGUCGUGGGGUGCUAAGCUCGUCGCCACGGCCAGUGUCAAGGGCACCAUUGUGCGUGUGUUUCGCGUCGCCGACGGCGAAUUGCUCCAGGAGAUGAAAAGAGGCUUCGAUAGAGCUGAUAUCUACAGUAUUGUCUUCUCCCCCGAUUCAGAGUGGCUUGCUGUCUCGAGUGAUAAAGGAACCGUACAUGUUUUUCAUAUCAAUGUUUGUUCGCCAUCUUCCUCCAAAACUGGUUGCCAAGAUACAACUCAAUCAUAUGAAUCAUAUGGUGCAAAAGCAAUGAAAAAAUAUGUUUCUUCUAUAAAAGAUUUACUUACAUUAGGAUAUUUCGAUCCAGAAAGGUCGGUAGCUCAAUUCCAUCUAUGUGAUAAUGUAAAAUACCUUGUCGCAUUUGGUACAAGACCAAAUAAAAAUAUUGUUCUUAUAAUCGGUAUGGAUGGAAGUUUUUACCGGUGUCAGUUUGAUCCAGUAAACGGUGGAGAAAUGAAACAGCUUGAGUACACGAAUUUUUUAAAUAUGUAGGGAUGAUGAUCUGUUCAAAAUCAGAAUAUGUAUUGAUAUUAUCAUAGUUGA